UCAAAACACAGUCCAGCUGGUUUCAACAUUAAUGGGGUCGUUAGCGGCCUGUGUAGAGACUAGCUUAGACUUCGUGCGUCAGCGACAUCUGUUUACAAGAUAUAUUUUCUUUGAAGUGACUGUUGCAUUUGUGUAUAUAAUAUCAUUGCUUAGUGUGGUUGUGUGGAAAACAAGAGGAAUUGGUGUAUUAGGAGGGUGUUUCGAACAUCAAAUUCUAGUACAGUUUUUAAAUUAAGAAUUUACAGAUGUCGAUGAGAAUGAGGUUUCUUAGCCUAGUGGACGUCAUUCUUCGUGUACCACCACUGUUUGUCAUAGACGAACUUUUACGAAUUGGACAUGGUUUGCCUAUUGGCGAAAGUAAUUCUGAUAAUUCAUCGUUCGAAACCAAUGGUCAGAACGUUGAUGAAAUUGACAGCUUUGGUGAAGACAGAUUUUACGAAUUUCUCAUAAUUGCAGCUGUUAAGUUCAUACUCUCCGGUUUUGGUAUCAUAGCAGCAAUGUGCGUAUUUAUGCUGCGAACGAAGCAUCUGAUGAUUGUUUAUAUGUACCUGAUGUCUGUUGGAAUUGUAUUUGUCUCAUACUGGACAAAUGUUAGUACAAUGAAGACUGUUAUAACAUCAAUGGUGGAUGAAAGUGAUACUAGCAUCCUAGAAGAUAUUCUUUCUCUGAACUUGACCAAACUGUUUGAUCCAAAUGGUUGCGGGUUUGCAGUAGUUCAGAAUUAUUUCAUACAGUGUCUCCUAGCCUUUGUUUUUACUUAUGUGCACCUAGGUCCAAGGUACAGUUUGGUGCAAAAACUCAUACCUGUGAGUUUUAUGGCACCAUCGGUCCUUGCAGUGCUACCAGUACUACCACCAUCAGUACUACACCAUGCACCUGUUUUUGCAGCCUUGCUUCCAUUAGCAAUAGUGAAAUUUGUGUUGUGGUACAGUGCUUUGGCAGUUGUUCAGACAAUUUUCAGUGGAUACCAAAACACAAGGACUUUCAUAAAUAAUUACGGGCUCUCAGCACUUGUAGAAACUGAAUGGACCCGUUUGAAUGUCCCUACGGUGCUUCGCACGUUCUGGAUUCUCAGAGUUUGGGAACAUGCCAGCAUCUUGCUUGUGGAUCACUUGGCAGAAGAUGGAAGCAGUCUUACAGCAAUAGGAGCACUAUUUGGGAUGGCAAAGAGCCUUCUAAUAAGUGGUUGCGAGACAUUGAUGGCUGUUCUUGGAAUGGCAAGUGUUGUUUCUUACAUUUGUCACUAUAUUGGUUGUUUCUUUCAGUGGGUCCUCUUAAUAGAGGAAGAUGAUGAUCGAAGUAUUGGCACUGUCUCUGCAAUAUUGUUUUACAUACUGGCGCUACAAACUGGACUUACUGGUUUGGACCCAGAGAAAAGAUUUGUUCGGCUUUGUCGCAAUUUCUGUCUUUUAUUUACAGCCCUAUUACAUUUUAUACACAAUAUUGUCAAUCCGUUGUUAAUGUCUCUAAGUGCUUCCCACAAUCCGUCACUGCACAGACAUGUUAGGGCAUUGUUAGUCUGUGCUUUCCUCAUACUUUUCCCAAUUUCUCUCCUUACUUACCUUUGGUCUCAGCAUGCUACCAGCACUUGGCUGUUUGCAGUCUCAGCAUUUAGUAUAGAAGUGAUAGUAAAAGUGGUUGUAUCACUCCUGAUAUACUCUCUCUUCUUAAUUGAUGCAUACCGCAGUACGUUCUGGGAGAAGUUGGAUGAUUAUGUAUAUUAUAUUAGAGCUUCAGGAAAUGCAGUAGAAUUCUGCUUUGGCAUAUUCCUGUUUUUCAAUGGAGCAUGGAUUUUGUUUUUUGAAUCUGGUGGUGCAAUACGUGCCAUAAUGAUGUGUGUCCAUGCAUAUUUCAACAUUUGGUGUGAAGCUCGAGCUGGCUGGAGCGUGUUCAAGAAAAGACGCACUGCAGUAAAUAAAAUAAAUUCACUUCUUGAGGCCACACCAGAACAGCUGGUUGAGUUAAAUGAUGUCUGUGCCAUUUGUUAUCAAGAGAUGAAAAGUGCAAAAAUUACACAUUGCAAUCACUUUUUUCAUGGUGUAUGCCUGAGGAAAUGGUUGUAUGUGCAAGACAGGUGCCCCCUCUGUCACAAUAUCCUUUAUCAGGUAGACACACCCAAAGAUGGGACUGAUGCACGAGGCAUUGAGGACAAUGCUGCUCCACAGGAUCCACAAAAUGUUCAAGAGGUUGCCAAUGGUGUAGCUGCACAGCUGCAAGCAAGAAUAAAUGACAUCGAAGAAGAUCGUACGUUAAGGGUACCAGAUGUGAGGCAAAGGCAAGAAGACUUAGAAAAUGUACCAAGAUGAAGUUAAAUAAAUUUUAUGGAGCAAUAUUUUUGAACGUUGACAUCGAUGUUGAACACUUCGUGCAUUCAUCAGUGUACAAAAUUCCAGGUUCUGAUGUGUUACCAAUUUGUUUGGAAAUCAGGAACCUUCAUUAGACUGCCAGUUCCAUAAUGUCAUGAAAAUUUUAAUGCAUGAUGUGUGUGUUGUUAUUUGUUUAUACCAUCAAUGUAUUCAGUUUCUUGUCAGUGAUGCUACAGUUUGUAUCAUCUACUGAAAGAAAUUAUUGAUUUGUUACAAAAUCAAUGUUAAAAGUUCUGAUUAUCAAGUUGUAUUUGGCAAUUACACAUCUUCAUUGUGUUGCUUUCUUUAUUUUUUGAAGACUUCUGCUUUAUUUUUAUUUAGUCAUUGAUGACGAUAUUGGUAAACGAUAUUUUUUGGUGAAGUGGUUUCAUAGAAAGGGAAGCUAAUAAUUUUACUAAAAAAAACAGAAAUUAAAAGUACUGGGAGCAAAGGGCGUUUUGUGGACCACAAAUUAAUUUGCUUUUGAGUUCUUUAUUUGAUGAUGUUUUUUCAAAAACUGUGAUUUUAGACUGGACGAUAUUUCUGUUUCUGUUGCAGAAUUUUUUGAAACAUAUUUUAGUUUCUUAAUUUAUUUGAGUUUGAAGUGACUGUAUAUAGAAACCUUUAUUAUAUUUUAAAUCAGCAGUUUGAGAAAUGAGAUGUGUAAACUGUUUAAUGUGUGAAAAUAAAUUAUUUUCUUUUAAUUAUUUUUUUUUAGAAUUGUCGUAUUGUUGGUUCUAUGCAUUUAAUGAGACUGAUAGCAUAACUAGUGGGACAAAGCAAUUUUUUUUAUUUUCAAACACAUUGAAGUUCCAAUAUUUUAUUACUGUGUACGUAGUAAAAAUAAAUUUUGCACUUACAUUAGAUGCUAAUGCAUUCUGAACUUGUCCUGAAAUAUGAAAAUAUAAACAUUUUUGGAUUUACUGCACUUA